CAUCCCUUUGCCUUCACUCAUUCUUGAUCUCCAACCACCUCCGCUGCCUCUGUGCCUCUCUGUCAUACUCAAGUUCUUGUUUAAUAUCUUGCAUACGACAUGCUGGUAUUCGCCCUUGUUCUCCAGGGCGCCGCCGCUCUCAUCGGCGCACUCACCCUCAUCGCCUCCGUCCCGUUCCCCGGUCCCGGCGGUCUCGCCAUCCUGCGCGACUGUCUGCACACGCUUGAAUCUUCUGCGCGUGGUAGCAAGCUGAUGCUCGAAUACUCGCGGAAUGUGGAUCGCUACGAACGGAUGUUCAAGCGUUCGUUGUACACGUUCUUCCUCGCUCAUGGCCUGCCUCCGGCUCGUCAUCGUUACGGCCUUGAGCCUCCCGUGGACUCUGACUUCGUUCGACUCGUCAAGUCUGGCUGUGGAUACCCUGGUGGUCUCUGCCCGUCGUUCGGCUUCGACCUCAACCCAACGCGGACGUCUCAGCUCGAUGGCUUUGUCCGCCCUACAAUGGCUCUCGCUCGUCCUCCGGUCGACUUCCUGUUCUCGGACGACUCGGCGCUCCCCCCGACAUACAACUAUGUCUGGCCAACGUCGACUGCCGUGCCCGUCAUGGUCCCUACUGAAGUCAGCGACUCUACGCAACCUGCUGCGUCUGCUGUGUCUCUUGGCGACCUAUCUAUGGUCCCCUCGCCCAUCCUCUCGGAUGAAGUUUCGAACACGACGGCUCCCUCGGUCGACAUGGUCGACCUUGUACCUCUCAUGGCUGUUGGACUCUUCCUCCUCGUCUUGGCAAUCGGCCCGUGUCUGGUGCCUUCUCGUCGUCACUCCGUCAAGUAUGUCCUCAACUGGCAGCUCGCUCCGCGCAAGUCCUCUUCGGACGAUAUCGAGUUCUGGCGCAAGUACGACGAUCUCGAAGCUGGUCGGGUGUCUCCUGGCUAUGUCGCCCCUCUCGGCGACGCACCUCGCCCUUUCUUCUCUUCAAGUCUUACAAGCACAUUGCUGCUCGCUGCGGCUCCCACGACGGUUCGUCACAUCGCGGAGCGACCUAUUCAAGCUGAAGAUCUCGAGAUGAAUGAUCUCUCUGCUUCUGGUCGCGGUUCGGUCCCUGGUGAACCUCUUGGUGGCCCUCCUGGCUGAAUGUUGCGCCUUGUUGGACAUGCAUCGCUAGACUUCGAGAGAUGUCAGCGUGUUGGACGCUCGUCGUCGCAACCUAUCCUUAUCCAUAUCUAUGUGUCCUGGGACUGUCUUUCUCUCUGUGUAUCCGUGUUCCUUCGUCAUGUCUCAUCACGACUCUCAUACUGUAGACUUCUCUUCGCGCCUCGUUGGGUGUCGUGUAGAGGAACUUCAUUGCAACACCGGACGCGGUGUUGUAAUGAGGUUUCUCUCUGAGACCCAGAGAUAUAUACGUUCACUACUCCCAAUCCUUGUGUCACUUACCUAUUG